GGGCAGGCGGCGCGGCAACUCGGGCUGCACCUGUGCAGACGGCAGGCACCUGCCACACCCGCACUUCUGCGGUGAGCUCGCUUCCUGGCGCGCCGCGGGGCCAGCCCAGCUCCCGGGUGCCGGUGCAGGGAGCGCGAGGAGCCGCCCAAGGCAGGCGGCGAGCAGGAGACCCCGCGGUGGGAGAAGGGCCCAGGGUCGGACGGGGAGGGGAGGGGAGGGGGCGCGCGGAGGCCGCCCCCCCGCAGGAGCGCAGCCUGGCCGCGAUGAGCGAGGCGGGCCGGGUGUGCUCGGGCUACUACAGCCUCAACCGCACCUUCGUGGAGCCCUUCGAGUGCCCCCGGAGCGGCGAGGGCGCCGCCCUCCGCUACUGCUGCGGCUUCGCAGACCUCAAGUACUGCUGCGGGGAGCCGGGCAGCUACUUCCCCUACAAGCACGGCUACAUGUGGAGCCUCAGCAUCGGUGCCCUGGUUGGACUGGGAACUGCUGCCCUUGUUCUACUUGCCUUUGUCAUCAGCGUCUGUGUCCUGUGCUACUUAUUUCUGUCUACAAAGCCUCAAAGGUUAGACAGCGGCCUCCAGCUUCAGCACCUAGAGGCGUCUUCCACUCGAGAAGAGGAGAUCUCUCCCAGAGGGUGUCCUGCAUCACAGAGCAAGAGGCCAGGGUCCCUUGGCGGAUCUUUUUCUGAAGCGCUGUUUGGAACUGUGCGGCUGAAUGGACAGGUUGUUCGUUGAAGCAACCUGAACAGGAAAACCAAAGCCCCCAAUUCAAACGCAGCAUCAAAUUCAACAAUUGAAACAUCCUAUGAAGCUGAUGAUGUAAUUCAAGAUCCAAAAAUGGAUACCACACAAAUCAAAACUGUGUAUUAUUAAAC